GUGAACUACUUACCUAGUACACUGAGUGAAAACAUUUUCACGAAGACUUCGCUGCCGUGUAUAAUACAACACGCGAUGUAAAAAUAAAAGCGAGAGAAGUUUCGUGAGCGAAUUCACAAAAACCAUGUCAGCAAGAUCCGUGUCCCCGGGGAGCCGCCCGUACGCCCGGGUAGCUUGGAACCCAAUUGGCCCGGGCCCUUUUACCCCGCGACUGCAGUAUCCGGGUGUGAUGACGACCACACCGCGGGGUGUUGUGACCUCCACAACCAUUGGCGGUGAGUGCCUGCUGGAUAUUAAUGCGAAGAUUUUUUAAAUAUGAAUUUUUUCGUUUGUCUACUCUGGUUUUUUUCGUGUGAUCCGCACAGACCACAAGGACAGAAACCGGGUGUGCUCACAGUACUACUGAGCAGGUGAAAUAAUCCGAUUGGCGUGUUUCUAUCAGGUUCUUCCAGUAUUCCGCUCGAACAGGCGGUGGCUUCGAAGAUUUUGGCGCAAGCAUCGGGUGCCGCGCAGACGCAGUUCGCAGCUGCGCCGGUUGUUUGGACUUCAGCGGCGACGAGCGCCACAACAACGAAGUCGACCACGGCGUCCUCUGGGCCAACCAGUUUCGUUCCAACCAAGGUAUACUCCGUUCCGGCGCACUACCAGGCGGCCAGCAGCCUGGCUACGCCGCGAGUGUCGACGCACCAAGUCGUCGGCUCGAUGGUGGUGCCACAGCAGCACACGGGCAAUCAUUCGUCGACGCUGGACAAUUCUGUGGUAUCCGUGGCGUCCGCCCGUGGGCGGCGCGAUGCAAGCAUCAGCGCCACGUUGCGGACGCGGAGCCAGUCCGUGGCCGACCGCUUUGCCAUGACGGACCUGGACCGGAGCCUAAUCACACCGACGUAUAGGAAUAUCGGGGUCCCUGGCUUGUGCGGCAGCUCGCUGGUGAAGCCAGGAACGACCAGAGUGAUCGUGGUAGAGAGGGAAUAGUUUCGAGUUUUCUUGCUACUAUGCUAUGGUCACAUGAUCUUCCAUCAAUUCCGUGAAAACGGGCCUCAUGUCGUUGUAAAAGAAACUCUGACUGCUCGUCAUUCUUGUAAAAUUUUUGUCAACCAGAACCAAAAAUAUUGCACAGCGGAAGAGCGAGACGCGGGCGGCUUCUCCGGCACCGACAGUCAGUGUGUCCGUGCCGACAGCGAUUGCGGUGCCACAUACCUCGAGCACACGCGUCGCAACUACAGCGGCCACAGUGGUCGUGCCAACAAACUCUAGUACCAUACCCCACUCGCAGCGCAUGGCGUCCACCAUUUCUGAGCUGCCGACCCGCGCCUAUCACAGCAUGAAGUUGGCAAACGGCACCGAGCUCCUUGCCGCGGCAGCAACAGGUUCUUCGGGGGCUAGUGCCACGACCUCUUCCGCAGCGUGUACCACCACGACUGCUACAACCCCUUCCCGUGUCGUGGUGCCAGCGUCCUCAGGAGGACCUCCGGCUUCGGCCUACAACAUUGUCGAGCCCACCGUUCUUGUGCAGCAGGGCGCGAGCAGAGUGGAUGUCGAGGACAAGCAAAUGCAGAAAUUCAUGGAAAUGAAUCAAGGCCACCACCCAGGUGGUGCGGUGCAGCAGUCGACGUCUCUCACCUCCGACAGCACGACAGGGUCUUCGUUGCCUGCGACUAACCACUAUCCACAAGAAACUUCCCGUACACGUACAAAUGCAAUCUCUGCAUGACAAAACUUGCCUUCAAUCCUAGUCCAGCAUGACAAGUUGGACUCUGCAAGGUAGCGAAAUUUGUCAUGCAUUUUGUACAUGUACAGGAAAUUUACAUUGCAUAACCACGUCUCGAGUUUGGGCAGCGACAAGCAGGGUUUGUCCUCUCCCGCCAUGGUCAUGGAUACGUCCGCCGUGGAGAAGCACGAGUCUCGCUUCACCUCCGUGGAGGUUUCGCAAAGCCCCGUGCAGCCCGCAGUGAAAACUACCAGCAGCUGUGCCUAUUCCCCCGACGGCGCGCCGCUCCUGGCCGAAAUUGAUCUCUUGCGCUCCGAACUGGUCAAGGAACAGAGCGCGCGCAAGCACCUGGAAGGUGAAAUGCACAAACUCGAAGCGCAGGUAGUGCCUAAGAUAGAUUUAGACCGACGUUCAGGGACGGCUAAGAUGUUAAUAGCGUUGUACCAGGAGACUGGAUGGACUUUUUCACUUGUUAUUUCCAGCCUUGAAUGUAAGCCAAGGUUUAUUUCAACUGGAUCCUGCUGAUGCUGAAUAAGAAAUUGCGCAGCUGGCUAAACUUUCUGCGGAGUUGGCGUCCAAAGACCUGGGUGGGUCCUGCUCAGGCAGUAAGAGCGAGAAAGAGCACCAGGGGACCGCGAGUACUUCCCUCUCGCCCACGUCGGCACGAGGGGCCGCGCAUACUCAUCAAUUCACAGACGAAGCAGAUUUGGAAAUUCAAAAGUAUUAAAUAGCUGUUAUUUGGUGGUUCGUUAUGAGGUUGUGUAUUGAAGAAUAGAUGAUACUUGCUCGUUUAUUACCCCGUUUUGUUGGGUAAUACUACUACUACUACUGUACUCGCGCACUAGGUAGAAGUCGUAGAAUAGAUAAAAGCGUCGCCACUUCUUCACACUCUCUCUUCGCGUUGAUACAUGCAAAAGGACCUCCAUGUUCUGAAAACACUUGAGGUACGUGAAAAAGAAUCCCGAUUUUCCCUACGCGAUCGAGAAGAUUGGGCGGGGUCAGUAUGUGUUCGGGAAGGAAAAGAAGGAGGUUUUCAAGCGCGGGGCGGCGCUGCUCGUGCGGGUGGGCGGCGGUAUUACAGUGAAAUAUGCCCCCUCCCCAUAUCAAAACGGAAAUCUGUGAUGCAGAUUUGUGGUCACAAAUCAGCUUUGUGAUGCUGGAAGGCAAAAGAUGCGGACUGUAGUGCUGCCUAGCGUGGGAAAGCCUUGCAGCUCCAGGAUGACAGGAGGCAACUGGAAGUGGAAAAAAGCAUGACAGAUUACCUGUAAUUUGGGCCGCAGCUUCGUCUCUUGGCCUUCUAGCAAUACAAGUCGAUUUGUGUACUCAAAUACAGCAUCACAAGUUUUCGCAUCUUCCGUUUCCGGUAUGGGGUAGGGGCUUUUUUCACUUUGAUAGGCGGAACGGAGAGCUUGGUGGACUACAUGGAGCACCUGCAUUAUGAAAGUGUUAGAAUCGAAAUUGACAAAAUCGAAAAACUUGUGAUGCAUAAAAUCGAUACCAGUUGGAGCCUCAGUUUCCGAGUGGCUCAUGACAAAUUUCGGGAGCACCCAAAUCCAGUCUGUCAUGCUGUUUGGACAAAGAAGACUGCUCCUGUCAUGCUACUCUGGCAGCACACUGCAUACCCCUAAACAGGCUUACAGUCGGUCUCAUUUGCCUGCGUCCCAAUGCAGGCCUUCAGUGCCCUACAUUUUAUGCAUCACAAGUUUUUCGAUUUUGUCGAUUUCGAUCCUGACACAUCCAUAUGCAUCAAAAGGGAAGCGUUCGUCAAGCUGCGUGA